AUGGCAGCACUAAUACGGAAGCGACAUGACCCAUCUCCACAUACUCCUCACCUCACGAGGCGUUCCAACUUCGCCGACUGCGUCGAACUGGAUCUGGAGGAAGACGGCCAUCGUACAUGGGGCUUCGUGAUGUACCGUUGCGAGUACAAAAGCGACUCGGACUGGGACAUGAUGGACCGUCUUACUCUUACCGUCUUCGAUGACCAAGCUACCUUUAACGGCGCAACCACAUCCUUUGUCCGUGAGCACUUCAAGAAAUGGGCUGCAACCGCCCCUCAGGAAGAGCAAGGUACCGGUCCAGCGAACGCUCAGCGCUACCGGUGCUGUAUCCAGGUCACCGACGAGUGUUUGGAUUCCGUUAUUCGAACAUCGCGGUCAACAAAGAGGGGUUUUGCCAACCUUAUCGAUGCGAGCUGGGAGCCUCAUUCGCCGUGGGAUGGCGACGAAAGAAUUGAAGACGACGAGGAGCCACUUGAAGGCUGUACGCUGCUGGAUGUGGGCUAG